AUGAUGUCGUACAGCUGAGAUGUGGCCGGGUGUUGACAGUGGGCAUUGUGAGAGGCUUCUGGGAACGGCUCAGGAAUCCUGGCAACGAAGAGCUGAAAAUGGUUCUCAUUGAGGUGGAGCUGCUGGAUCCCAGGAUUAUUGCUCUCAGUAACAGCUUCUCCAGACUGAAGGUUGAUGCGAGUAAGAUCAUCACAGUUAGCUCCAGUAUCACCAUUUCUCCCUGCCACAAAGAAAUUGAGCAAAGAUGCCAUCGGAAGGAGGGCAGAUACUUAAACCAGAACUGGGCAGAAAAUAACACUGAGGCAGCUUGGAAACAGGAUGUUUUGCUGAAGAUGGAAGGUGCUAUGAAGGGAAUCCAAGGACAUUGCAAUUCCUGUUACCUAGACACAACCCUUUUCAGUUUAUUCAGUUUUUCUUCUGCCUUGGAUAGCAUUCUCGAUUCUGCUGAGGUACAUGAUGCAACAGCACAGCAAAUACUGAGGGAGCAGAUUGUGGAACCGUUGAGACGGCAUGGCUAUGUGGGAGCUGAGAACGUGAUGAAUUUAAGGAGAUUGUUGCGAUCUGACAGCUUCAUUACAGAAGAGAAAGAUCCAGAGGAAUUCCUGAAUGUCCUUCUAGGAGAGGUCUUGGCUAUAGAGCCCUUGAUCAGAAUCAGGGCUGGCAACGAAGCACUCGAGUAUAAUUGUUAUCAAAUACUUGUGGAGAAAGACGGUAUGGUCCAAAUGCCCACCGUGCAGCAAUUACUAGAAGAAUCACUUCUCUCCUAUGACCUGAAGUUCGCUGAGAUCCCUUCAUGCCUUAUCUUACAGCUGCCAAGGUUUGGAAAGGGGUUCAAAACAUUCCCAUCAGUGUAUCCUUCUCUAGAGCUUGACCUGACAGACUUGGUGGACCAAGCUUCUCAGACUUGUUGUGCAUGUAGUGGGCAAGCACCGUAUGAAUGCUCAUGGUGCCACUUGGAUUCCUUCCUGAACCCAAGCCACUUGAGACCAUUGAGAGGAAUUGCUAAGAAGGUACCUCCUCAUCAGCCCAGACAGAAGUAUUCCUGCAUAGGACAGGAACUCAAUAGCUCCUCUACUAAGUCGCAAAUAUUGGAGUUGUUUGCAGUUUUGUGCAUAGAGAGCAACCAUUAUGUGGCUUUUGUUAGAUAUGGAGCUUCCAGACAAUCCUGGCUUUUCUUUGACAGCAUGGCUGGCCGAUUAGAGAAAGAGAAUGGAUCACACAUCCCCUUGGUAAAGGCAUGUCCACAGCUUGGACACUAUCUGGCAAUGGCACCAGAGGACAUUUCUGCUGUGGAUAUCAAGCAAAUGGAUCAAUUUUCCAGAAGACUCUUUUGUGAUUCGUAUACAUUCAUGUACCAACGACCAAAAUUCAGCUCUUACAGAUGUGAAUUCAGAUAGUAAGAUCUCUCCUUACAGUUUCCAGCUCUUGGGAAGAGAGAAGUUGAAAGCAUGUCUUUGCCACUAACACAUUACAAUGAGAAAUAUAGCCAUUUAGAGAACAUGGCUUUUUCAUGGUGAGAUUCAUCUUUAUGAAAAUUGCCGGGCAAAUAACAAAUGGAUGUUUUCAUGGGACUAGAUUUUUUUUGUCCUUCCAGCAGCAAGUGAAGAUCUAUAUAUAUUAUCCAAGACCAUGACGUGAAAUUUGUUUGGUUUACCUUCUGUUCUACACUGCAAUUUUGAACUCAUUCUGCUUUUUUUAUUUGCUGUUCGUUUGACAUUUUUUGUAUUUUACAUUUUAGUAUAUUUUACUUUUUUGAUGUUAAUUAUUCUGAAUAUGUUGAUAGUCAUCCUGUGAAUCACUUUUCUGGUUGUAUGACAAAAUACAAAUGUUUAAAAUAAAAUCCACCCUUAGGUUGCUCAUUAACUCACCCAGUACAUUUUCCAACCAUGCAGCCCCAGGUAUAUGGGGUCAGGUUAUAGGAGACCCCUGACAGAAAGGCAUUCUUCACAUACUCCACA